CUGGGUCUAUAUUCGCCCACUGUUUCGAUAAGAAGUUCUUCCGCAAGAUAGAUGAAAUCACAAACACCAGUGUCCACAUUCAAAUGGACUAUAAUUAGGUUGGUUUUUAGUGUCUGUAACUUAACAUCGAAAUGACAAAUUAUAUAAUUCAAACCGUCUGUUGUUUUAUGAUUUUUGUUUCGUGUUGUUUUGGAAAGGGAAAGUUUGUGGAAGAAAAGACGGAAUGUCCCAAAAUCAAACCCGUUAGGAACUUUGAUUUGAACGAGAUGUUAGGGACAUGGUAUAUUAUCCAGUACUAUGCAAGUUCGGAAGAAGCUUUGCCGUACCGGUGUAUGCGGGCAGAAUUUUCAAUAUCGUCAUUACCUCUGCACGUUACGAUGAAUUUCACGUACAGUUUUGUUGAUGACCCUAUCAAUGAACAUUUAUUCGGUAAUAUCACGUGGACAGUUCCUGAUACAAUGCAGCCAGCCCAUUGGACACAUUCAGAGGAUACAUACGAAGGGAUUUAUAACACGUAUGUGCUUGAUUCCGACUAUUCUACUUGGGCCCUUCUAAUGCACUGUGCAGAAAAAUCAAAAAGUCCAAGAUACUUAUCUAGCUUCAUUAUGAGUAGAGAGCCAUUAUUAGGAAUCAAUGUUAUUUCUUAUUUAAGAGAAAAACUGCCUAAAUAUGACAUCGAUUUAGACUACAUGUUUGAUAUGUCUCAAAAAGAUUGCGACGUGUCUUUAAUGGAUUUGGAUGUACCUCCAUCCCUUUUAGCUAAUAGAAUUUUGCCUUCGACAAGAAGACAUCCCCUAAAAAGCCACCACUCUAUUUAGGUUAAUGUAAGACCAAUAUUGGAAUAUUUUAUGUAUAGAAGUAGUAUUUUAUGAAAUAAUCUUAAUAAAACAAUUAAUUAUGAUAAUUGCACUUACAUCAUUAAUACUAAGGUAUAGUUUAAAUCCAGAGAUGUGAUUUAUUUGAAAUACU